AUGCGUCGAAGACCCGAAGCGCAGUCAACAAGCGGCGAACCUUCGAAUGCUGAUAAAAAGGAUGGUGAUCAAAGACUUCAGAGCCAAGCUGCAGCUAAAGGCCAAUUUUCUUACGGCUCCGUGCUCUUAAACAUCGGAAAGUGUUUUCUCCUCCUCCUCAUAAUUCCUCCUUUCCUCAACUAUGCCUCGCUGCAGAAAGAAGCACAGAUGCUUUUACCCAAAGAUGGCCUCAUUGUUGAUGUCGGUUUGGGGCAAAAGAUGCAUUUACUGUGUAAAGGACGAGGAAGACCUGUUGUCAUACUGGAUGCACCAACUGGAAUGUCAUCAGAAAUUUGGCUUCAUGUCCAAGACAGUCUUUCCUCCUUAACAAAGGUUUGUACCUAUGACAGGAUGGGACUGGGCUUCAGCAAGCGACUGAUGCCGAAUGAAACCACAGGAACAGAGAAGGUGUGGGGAGUGUCCACAACUGGACGGAUGGUGGACGAUCUGCACCGGCUCCUGCAGGCCGCAGGACUGGCCACGCCCUUCAUCCUGGUGGGCUCUGAACUGGGAGCGCUCAACGGCAGGUUCUACAGCCACAUUCACGACGUGCAAGUGUCGGACCUUGUGCUGAUUGAUCCCAUCCCAGAGGACGUUUUUGAAGAGGACCAGUGGAAGGAGUACUGGUAUGGCAAGCUGCUGCCGUCCCUCCAAGCCCGGCAGUUUUCGGCGGCCACAGGGCUGAGCCGCAUGCUGAUCAUCAUGGGGGCGAUCCAACCGGCCAUACAAGGCGAGAACGUCUCGGAGGAGGCCGUCCAGCGCCAGAAGUAUCUGCUGAGUAACCCCGCCCACCUGAGCGGUGCUGUGGAUGAGCACUACUUCAUGAAUGAAAGUGCAGCUCAGGUCCGGGACAUCACGAUGUUUAAACCCCUCUCCAGCAAGAUAUCGGUGAGCAUGCUGACCGGAGAGUCCUUUGACCAGCAAAUGCCAGAACAACUGAACCAAAUGGUAGCGCGACUUCAAAAGAGGUUUCUGAAGGAAUCCUACCCAUCAGCCAAUCACGUUCACAUAAAAGAGGCCGACCGGCGAAUGAUCUACAAGAAGCCAUCUGCCAUCGUCCAGCACCUGAGGAGGAUCGUCCACCAGCGACAGCCCAAACAGCAGAGCGAGUGA